GCGCGACACAAGAGUACAUGUGUGCUCCAAGAGUUUAGAACUGAACUGCGAGAGAGAGUGACGAGACAACACACGACUCACACCACAACCUCAGUCAACGCGAGGCUUUCCAAGUGUGGGAUAGAAUGCCGGCGAUUAUAAGUAAAAAUUCCGACAUGGAUUUUGACUCACUACAACCCUGCUUCUAUCCAGACGAGGAUGACUUCUAUUUCUGCGGUCCCGACUCUGCGCCUCCCGGGGAGGACAUCUGGAAGAAAUUUGAGUUACUGCCUACGCCGCCCCUCUCUCCGAGCCGAGCGGCGCUACCGGGGGAGCUGGCCUACGCGUCCGUGGGGGACUGGGGCGACUCGGCAGCAGGUCCCAUGAGUUUUGGAUUAGGCGACCCGCUGGGGUGCGAAUGGACCUCGGAGCUUCUGCUCCUGCCCGAGGAAGAUAUUUGGGGUGCGUCGGAUGGAGACCUGUUCGGCGGCUCCGCUUUGAAUAAUAACCCCAACUCCAUCAUCAUUCAGGACUGUAUGUGGAGCGGCUUCUCUGCCAGGGAAAAGCUAGAGAGGGUGGUCACAGAGAAGCUGAGCAAAGCCAUUUCCACAGCGGCUGCCUGUGGAGUUAGUAAAAAUGUCACUACUGCCGCUGUCAUCACUACCAAGGCGUCUGAGCUGAGCCGCUCCGUGUCGGAGUGUGUGGACCCCACGAUAGUCUUCCCCUUCCCUGUCAACAAAAGAAACGGUAGCAGCAGCAGCAGAUGUCCACCUGGGACGGUCCCCGCCUCUACUGUCCAUUGUAGCGCCAAGGAAACUCAGAGCGACUCUGAAGAUGAAGACGAUGAUGAAGAAGAGGAGGACGAAGAUGACUCGGAGGGUGAAGAUGACUCGGACAGCGAAGAGAUCGACGUGGUCACCGUGGAGAAGCGGCGUGGCUUGUCGCCCUUGGCCACCGGCACGGUCACCAUCUCAGUGCGGCCGAAGACGGGUGCCGCUUCCGGGGGCGUGGCCUCAUCUGGCGUCGUGAGCCGAUUCGUCAGCAACCGGGGACCAGCGGGGUCAAACGGUUACGGUCAGGAGCUGAUCCUGAAGCAGAGUUCGGUCCACCAGCAGCAACACAACUACGCCGCUCCCUCGCCAUACGCCUCUGACGAUGACCACGCGCCCCCCUCCAGGAAACACAAGACCUCUGACGCUCCUCGCCAACCUUCCCGCACCCUCUCUUCAUCGUCGUCGUCGUCGACCUUGACGUCAUUUGGCUCCUUCACAGUGGCAACGGCAGGAUCCAAACGCAAACGCAACGCCAGCGGGGACAGCAGCCCGCACGGCGGUUCCUCUGGCAACUCCGACUCCGAAGACUCCGAGCGGCGGCGAAACCACAACAUCCUGGAACGCCAACGGCGCAACGAUCUCCGCUCCAGUUUCCUCACGCUCCGCGACCACGUACCCGAGCUAGCGAGGAACGAGAAGGCGGCCAAGGUGCUGAUCUUGAAGAAGGCGGCGGAGUAUGUGUCAUCACUGGAGGUGGACGAGCUGCGGCUGACACAGGAGAAGGACAGGCUGCAGGCGCGGAGGCAACAGCUGAUCAGGACGUUGGAGCAGGCCAGGACUCGCUAAGACUUGUCAGUGGCACAUAACGCAAACACGUACACACAAACAUAGGCACACACACACU